AUGGAUGCUUUGGUCAACUAUACGGGCAUUGGAGGUGUCGACGCCUGGGGAGUACAUCAGAUUCUGGCAAAGAUGAAUCCCAGCUUGGAUUGGACACCAGUAAAACCCUAUCAGCACUUCUUCGAGCUUGUGGCGAUUCUGUCUGCGAGAAUUAUGCAUAGCGAUGAAGCAGCCCGUAAUCCCGCAUGGACCAAUCUCUCAAUGUCGUUUGUACACACCGCAAUCGAAUACGGCUCGGCUCUCAAGCAGUGGCCCCCUUUCCUGCGUCCAUUCGUCGCCUACUUCCUCCCGGAACGCCUAGAGAAGGAAAAGCAGUGGGCUGAAGGGCGCGAAAUUGUCGCCAAGUCCAUGGCCAGGAAAAGAGCUCUGGGUGGUGCACCUCUGGAGAAUCCUCCCACGAUGCUUGACCACCUGUCUAGCGGGGAUCAUGCAGAUAAGGCCGGUGACCUAGACCUACAACUCUUGAUGCAGAUGACCCUCGCCGUGGCGAGUAUUCACACAACCUCUUCUUCCAUGGUCCAAGUUUUGUAUGAUCUUGCUGCGUACCCUGAGUUUACCGAAGAGCUUCGCAAAGAGGUUGUGGAGGUCUUGGAGAGUUCUGGGGGAAUCUUUACCAAGCAGUCACUUGCCGAGAUGAAAAAACUCGACAGCUGGAUGAAGGAGAGUUUGAGAAUGAAUGCACCUGAUCUGACUACCUUCCAGCGCAUGGCUACGAAGCCUGUAACCCUAAAGGACGGAACUUACAUCCCUGCCGGUACGAAGAUGGAACUACCGACCAGCGCUAUCAACUUUGACGCUUCCAUCUACCCCGAUCCGCACAAGUUCGAUGGCAUGCGGUCGUACCGUCAACGCCAGGAAGACGGGAUGGCACACAAGCAUUCAUUUGUCAGCGUCACUCGUACGGAGCUUGGUUGGGGUUUCGGCAGGCAUGCGUGCCCGGGCAGAUUCCUUUCCGAUGUUGAAAUUAAGCUCAUGUUUGCGGAGUUUCUCCUGAACUACGAGAUCAAGAACUUGGAUGGACAGCCACGGUCCAAGAAUGUGGAAUUUGGAGUGAACGUGCUCCCAGAUCCGGAACAUCAGGUUUUGAUCCGAGCACGAAAGGUCUGA